GCAGCAGGGCGGCCGGUGCAGGAGGAGGAGGAGCCGACGGGCGGGAAGGCGGCCGGGCGGGGAGAGAAGCGGCGGCGGCGGCGGCGAUGACCCAGCAAGGAGCGGCGCUGCAAAGCUACAACAACGAGCUCGUUAAGUGCAUCGAGGAGCUGUGCGCCAAGCGGGAGGAGCUGAGCCGGCAGAUCCGGCAGGAGGAGGAGGAGAAGGGGAAGCUGCAGGGCGACCUCCGCCUGCUGACCGAGCGCCUGGCCCGCAUCAACGAGACCCUGGCCCACAAGAUGGCCUCCCGCAACGAGUUCGACAAGACCAUCGCCGAGACCGAGGCGGCUUACAUGAAGAUCUUGGAAAGCUCGCAGACGCUGCUGAACGUGCUGAAGAAGGAAGCUGGGAAUCUGGCCAAGGCCACCGAGUCCAAGAACCUCCCAGCCAAGGACAGCUGAGAACCCCGGGGGAGGGCAUUGAGGAGGGGGGAGGGGUUUUGGGGAGCAUC